UCUCCCUGAAUCAACAGCUCUGACCUAUCCCCAAAAAAAACAGAGACAAGUGCUGGUCACAUGGCCCGUCAGCUGUCGGACCCUCCCCAUGAGCUUCUCGACAUGUGCGCUCCCAUCCCUGCCUCCUUCAAGGCAUUUAAGCCGCAGCUGCCACCGGGGCCCCCACUGGAAGGAGCGGUCCGUCUCCCUCUCUUCUCCCUGCCCUGGGGACCCCGGCGGCCGGCACCCCGCCCCUCCUCCCCAGCCCAUGGGGACGCUCAUGGCUAAACUGCUCCUGCCCACAGUCAGCAGCCUGGCCUUCCUCCCCACGGUCAGCAUCGCUGCCAAAAGGCGGUUCCACAUGGAGGCCAUGGUCUACCUCUUCACCACGUUCUUUCUGGCGCUCCACCACGCCUGCGCCGGCCCCGGCCUCUCGCUGCUCUGCCUCCUGCGCCACGACGUCCUGGAGUACUUCAGCAUCUACGGGACGGCCCUCAGCAUGUGGGUCUCACUGAUGGCGCUGGCCGACUUCGAUGAGCCCAAGCGGUCGACUUUCGUGAUGUUUGGCGUCCUGACCAUCGCUGUGCGGAUCUACCACGACCGCUGGGGCUACGGGGUGUACUCUGGCCCCAUCGGCUCGGCCAUCCUCAUCAUCGCAGCCAAGUGGCUGCAGCAGAUGAAGGAGACACGGCGCCUGUUUCCGGACAAGAGCGUGUACGCCCAGCAGAUAGGCCCCGGCCUCUGCUUCGGGGCCCUGGCCCUCAUGUUGCGCUUCUUCUUUGAGGACUGGGACUACGCCUACGUCCACAGCUUCUACCACUGCGCCCUGGCCAUGUCCUUCACCCUGCUGCUGCCCAAGGUCAACAAGAAGGCCGGAAGUGCAGGGGCCCCCGCCAAGCUGGACUGCUCCACCCUCUGCUGUGCCUGCAUCUGA